AUGGAUGCCAACCGCCCCACGCCCAACAGCCUCAUCGACAACCCAAUGUCGAUUCAAGAUCACUCGAUAGACAACAAUCGAACCAUCAUCCACCGAACAAUAGAUUUGCCAGUGCCUUGGCUCUCCUUCGUCACUUGCCUUGAAAGUCGACUGGGAAGAUACAAUGACAAGACACUGAAAGCUGCCAACACUCUCCAGGAGCUUGAAGAAGCAGUCAACGAGAUGCGCGGAGCAGAGCCAUUCUGUAUUUUUGCAAUUAAUGAUCAUGGUGCAUUGUCUACCUUGGCCGGACGAUCUCAAAACGCAAGGCAGUAUACAAUGGGGAACCCUCGGACCGCCACAAAGAUGACCGCGCACGAUAUCAGAGCUGGUAAUCAUGCCCCUAUUGUAAACCUUAUUUACGAAAAGGAGCCGGGGCUCACCACUAUUGAAUAUGACCUCGCAGAGUCUGUGUUUGGAGCGUUAACUGAGGGGAAUGAAGAAGUUCUCCAGGUUGCUCGGUUGAUUGAUCAACAGAGGGAUGAGGUAUUCCAAUGCGUUUAUAAUGACGCAUUGAAAAAGCCCAAAAAUUGA